AUGGCGAUGUUUGGAAGUGAUCCUUGUUCUGAGGACAGAGGACGGAGCGCAAGCAUAGGAACGUUUGAUAGGUUUUAUAGACUCUCCAGAAAUUUUAUUGCAGACCUGGUGCACCUGGGGCCUAUUCUUGUAUCUGUCACAGUAGAAAGGGAUUUUUCGAGAGUGCUUGUAAGAUCCAUGCUGGGGUUCAGGGAGUAUAGAUUCUACAGCAAGCACAUCACAGGAUGUCCAUAUUUUUUUUCUGUAAGCCGCAGUCUUUCCAGAUACUUUGGAGACACCAUAGGUGGCUGGAGAUAUGUGGAGGCAGCGUCGGCCCGGAGAAGGUCUUCCUUUAUGGGGAUGCUCAGCUCACUGUUCUCCCUUGGAAACUGGCCCCUGCGAAGCGAUCUUGGAGCGAAGAGGAAGAAGAUGUACGACGCAACAUGUGCUGGGAUGAUGAGAUGUCCUGAGAAGUUCUCUGUUGGAGAAGUGAUGGGCCGGAUGGCCGAGGUGAGGCUGGAGCAUGCAAGAGGGUUGGACUGGGAGUUCUAUAACCGUCCUGUCUAUAUUGAUCUGGUUGUCGAGAACAGCAAAGUAAUUCCCCGGGGGAUGCUGGGCAGGAGACUCGUUGAUCCUGAAGACUGCUGCAACGUGUCCUCAGACGACCUGGAGGACAUCAAGACCUCUGCAUGUACCGGAGAAAAGAGACUGCGGCAGGCCCUUCUUGGAUUUGUUUUCAACGAGGUCGAGUAUUUUUGCCAGGUGAACAGAUUCUACAUGGACGUUGCCUCGAAGGCCUGGGGGGAAGAGGCAGGGCUUGAAGAUAUAUUCGAGGGGUUUUGCAGGGUUCAUAGGUUCGAGGCCGGGUUUAUAAGCUCCAUGGGGGACAUAGUAGAGGGGGCCGGGUUUGCGAUGGAUAGGAUUCUCCAGGAUCCCCAAUACUUUGCGGAUGCGAUGGACGGCAGGGGCUUUAGCGAGAUUGAAAUGGAUGACGAGGAGAUUCUUGAGAAGGUUCUGUGCUCCUUUGAGGGGAACUUUGAAGGAUUUAGGUGCUAUGAAGACCUCAUGCUGUCCCACGAGGAAUCGAUCGAGACUCUGAGGAAUGCUAAGAACUAUGCAGAGGCACCUGACCACAGAGCAGUAAACGAUUGCUUCUGCAACUGCCUGCAAAGAGUUGUAAGAUAUCCCAUUCUCAUUGACGAUAUUCUUCGGAAUCUUGACGAUGGAGCACAUGCGAAAAGGGCAAGGAAGAUUUAUCUGAGGAUGACGAGACUCAUCAACAUCAUUGACAAGAAAAAGGAAAGGCAUGACAAUCUCCGAUGUGCAUUGCUAAUUGGAGAAAGGGUUGGCGGGAUGCCUAGCGAUGUGGGAAAGGAGAGAAAGGACUUUCUUUUCCAGCUGAACUGCGAAGACACCUAUGGAGAUCCGGUGGCAUUGUUUUUGUUCCGCGAGAUGGUGGUUGUUGCAGACAGAGAGGGCCCGUCUGUGUCUAUUCUAGACUCCGGAUCUGGAAGAUACUUCUUCCGGUGUGCCCUGAGGCUGGAGAAUGCAGAGAUUGUCGCCUUUGGGGCCACUGGAAUAAAGAUUAUUGUAAAAGACGUCCUGGAGGGACGGGAUGAUCUGUACCAAAUGACGGAGGUUUACGAUGAUGUUUCUAUUGGAGCGAUGUACUUCUUGAGGUGCUCUCCACACUCUGUGAGAUGCUUUGUCGAAGAGUACUACAGGGCAGGGGCCGAGGCCGGGGGCGAUCUGUACACAUCUGGAACAAACAUAUUCUUUAGGGUUCUCGACUAUGCCAGAGCAGAAGAGGACAGCCUCGGAAAGGCCGAUCUUGUAUUGUAUAUGAGUGAAGGGGAGUUUAAGGCGUCGCGCAGGGCUAAUGCUGCAUGCAUCAACCUUGAAGGUGGAACUCUGAAGACGAAGAGCUCGGAUGGGGUAGAGCAAUGUGUAUGCUAUGGGGAAAGUGAGCUAAAGGAUAGGCUUGGAGAGGUCCUUGAAGACGUUGUCCGAGUUAGAAGGAUUCUCGUGGCAUCCGAAAGUACACCCUGGGGAUCUCCGCAUCUGUUUGCGACAUACAGGAUAAAGCUUAGAGAAAUCGUGGAAGAAUGCGGGGACUCUUCGGUUACCGGAUUCAACGGGAGCCUUUCCAAGUGCGACAUGGCCACCAUAACCCAGAAAGUCAAUGUGGCAAGAGGAAUUAUGGGAUACCUGUCUAGAUCGUUGUCGUAUGUGGGAUGCAAGUCAACCAAAAAGGAUUCCAUUCCUGAUGGAGACCAGGACAGCAGUAGACUCGGCCCGCAGGAGGCAAUAGGUCUCCUGGAGAGACUUCUGGAUAUGGAAGAGAUAGAGGACUGCGUUUUUACUGAGUACAGCACCCAAGACAUCCUCUGUCUGCUGAUGCACUUUGUACACACAGACGUGUACUCAUUCUUCCGAAUGGAGGACAUAGAGAUUCUUCACAGGACAUUGGUUGUAGAUGGAGCCUAUCUCCUCGGAAUGGUUGUUCCGAAGAUGAGCAACCCCUCGUUUGCCUCAUCUCUCUUUGAAAUCAUAGUCACGGCAAGGGACAAGGUCUGCAUUGCACCAGCACUUGAGAUGCUCUUAGGGAUGUUUGCAUCUUUUGAAGUGUCUAGGGCAGAGGUGAUCGAUGUGGUGGCCAAGAUCUGCUGGUGA